GACAGAUCCGCUUCAAGAGGAUCAGCAAGAGCAUCAGCAUCGAAGGGUUCUCACAGCUCUGCGCCGAUUAUCGAUUCCAAGUCCACCUUUCGACAUCUUGCCAUUGGAACAUUAUUGGCAGUUGCCAUCCUGAUCGUGUCCACGCUGUUUGCCCCCCAUCUGAUCCGUUCACACCUUCCGAGAUCUCUGACAACCUUGUCAAGCAGACAACCUUCCUAUUUCUCUAGCUUCAGCUUUCACGGUACACCGCAUAACCCAUCUUCCGACCCUCUCAGCAGCAGCAGCAGCGGCACCGUCGCCGUCGAUAAUAUGGCUUCCAUUCAGAAAGUCGCCGUGGGCGAAAAAAAGUAUGCCAAAGCUCUAGGACCAGAGAAGAAGAUCAGUGCUGCAGAGGAAGCACAGUGGAAUUCGUGUGUUCAAAGCGUGCUAUCCAUGUUGGAAGUAGACUGAAAUGGUCAUGCGUUCAGGAUGGCAGAUCGCAUGGAAAGAUUCCACAGUCAUUUCAGAUACGAGUUCAACCGAGUAUACACUCUCGCGGACGGAGGGUUCCACAAAGAGGGCAUGUCACUGGCUCGGUUCUUGCGAGAAGCUCAGCAAUUGUCUCAUCAUCUGACGAUGCAUCACACCAUAGAAGAACGGUACGUUUUCCCCCAGCUCGCGAGGAAGAUGCCGCAGUUCAAAGCUGGAGCGAGGGAAGGCGGAGAACAUCUCAAGUCACACAAGGCGAUACAUGAUGGUCUCGAAAAGUAUGAGAAAUUCCUCGAGGAGGCCCUGAGAGAUACGUCGAGCUAUAACGCCUCAACACUACGAGGGAUCAUGGAUGGGUUCAGGGAAGUGCUGUAUCGCCAUCUCGACGAAGAGGUGCACGAUCUCAGUGCACCGAGUAUGCGUGCGGCGGGCUGGACUUUGGCUGAGAUUAGGCAAAUCAUGAUGUAGAAAGGAGUGAUGUAUUGUUUAUUUUGUCCA